AUGCAAAAUAUUCGCCUUGCAAUUCUUGGCAUACCAAUUAGUUGCUUAUUAAUUUUUAUUUCGGAUUAUGCUACUAUUAAAAAAGAUGGAAUGUUUCAUGGAUUUGAUAUUCCUGUAUGGAUAUUAAUUUUGAUGAAUUCAACCGGUGGUUUAUUAAUUUCUAUUGUUAUCAAAUAUGCUGAUAAUAUUGCAAAAACUUACGCUCAAAGUGCAUCAAUACUUGGUGCAUCAUUUGGCUCCUGGAUUCUAUUCAACUUUACACCACCAUCACUACUAUAUUGUUUAGGUGGCAUAGCAAUUAUCAUAUCAAUUAUCAUAUAUAAUUCAUAUCCUUAUGAAAAUCAACAAACGAUUAAGCCAAAUAGUUGA